AUGAAGAAGAAAUAUCAAGGCACGACAAAAGUCAAGUAUGCUCAACUUCAAGCUCUUCGCAAAGAGUUUGAGAUGCUCAAUAUGAAGGUUGGAGAGUUAGUUGAUGAGUAUUUUGGAAGGACUCUAAUCGUGGCUAACAAGAGGAGGAUCAAUGGAGAGAAGUUGGAAGAUGUAGCUUCCAACUAUGGCGGUUGGGUUCUUUUAUGUGUGUGCAUUGAUGGAGAGAGAGGGAAAAAGACGCAUAGAGAGAAAGGACGAGAGAGAGAAAGAGAUGACUGGGUUCUGUGUUUGCAGCAUAGGAGAGAGAGGGAAAGAGAUGGGGAGAGAGAAAGGAAGAGAGAGAAAAAGAGUUGGGAUGAAGAGGAAUGGUGUGGGGUUGAGGGAGAAGUUGAGGGACGGUUUUUUAGCCCACGUGGUGUCCACAUAAAAUAA